GGAGCUUCGGCUCCUCCCUGAUCACGUGGCGGGUCUGGGGCCGGCCGGUGACAGCGCCCAGGGUCAGGCUAGCCGCCCCAGCUGAGAGUCCGGCACUCGCUCGCGAGAGAUGCUGCGCAACGGAGCCGCCGAAGCCGCCGCCCCGACCAGCAACGCCGCCCGGCCCGUGCGCGUCUGGUGCGAUGGGUGCUAUGACAUGGUGCAUUAUGGGCACUCCAACCAGCUGCGACAAGCUCGUGCAAUGGGAGAUUAUCUGAUUGUGGGAGUCCACACAGAUGAGGAGAUCUCAAAGCAUAAAGGUCCUCCUGUCUUCACUCAAGAGGAAAGAUACAAAAUGGUGAAGGCCAUCAAGUGGGUGGAUGAGAUUGUGCCAGGAGCUCCUUAUGUCACAACACUGGAAACUCUGGAUAAAUACAACUGUGACUUCUGUGUACACGGAGAUGACAUCACACUUACUGUGGAUGGCAAGGACACCUAUGAGGAAGUGAAGAAUGCUGGAAGAUACAGGGAGUGUAAACGCACUCAGGGGGUGUCCACCACAGAUCUGGUUGGCCGUAUGCUGCUCAUGACCAAGGCCCACCACAGCAACAUUGUUGAAGACAUGGAUUAUCGGAAGCAUGCAGAUAACCUUGGGAAAUGCCCUAAAGGUCACAGCCCCUGGACAGGAGUUUCCCAGUUCUUACAAACAUCCCAGAAGAUCAUCCAGUUUGCAUCUGGCAAGGAGCCACAACCAGGAGAUACCAUAAUCUACGUGGCUGGUGCCUUUGACCUUUUUCAUGUCGGCCAUGUGGAUUUCCUGGAGAAAGUGCACCAGAUGGCAAAGCGACCUUACAUAAUCGCCGGGCUGCACUUUGACCAGGAAGUGAAUCUAUACAAAGGCAAGAACUAUCCCAUCAUGAAUGUGCAUGAGCGAACCCUCAGUGUCUUGGCCUGCAGGUAUGUUUCUGAAGUGGUGAUUGGAGCCCCCUAUGCAGUCACUGCUGAUCUGCUGGAUCAUUUUAAGGUGGAUCUUGUGUGCCAUGGAAUGACUGAGGUGGUACCAGACAAGGAUGGUUCAGACCCAUAUAAGGAACCCAAGAGACGUGGUACCUUCCGGCUGGUGGACAGCGGCAACAACCUCACCACAGAUCUGAUAGUGAAAAGAAUAAUUAAGAACAGGCUGGAGUUUGAAGCCCGGAACCAGAAGAAAGAAGCAAAGGAGCUGGCUGUGCUGGAGGCCAUGAAGAGAAAAGAAGAGGAAGCAGCGCAGAAGGAAGCAGGCCUGAGCAGCCAGGAAGACCUUGAGAGCUAACGUGGCAAAGAGUGCAGCAGAAUCCUCACCUCCUGGGGCAGCAAGGUUUUCCUGGGGGAUAGGAUACUGCUGCCAGCCUCAGCAAGGCCUGUGGUCACAAUUUUCCGGGCUUCCAAGUAUACCAGCUGUGUAUGGGGGAGAUCCGGAAUGCUGCUAUCUAGUUAACCCAGGCCCACUCCCAUGGGAAGAUUUUAACGUCGUCCUGCCCAUAUCAAGUUUUAAUUCCAAUGAAUGUUUGCAGCACUGUGUGGUUUUCCCUUCUGGAAAUUUCCAACUUAUUGGAACUGGGGAGUGGGGAAUAAUCUCUGCUCAACUUCUUCUGAAAUCUCUACAUUUCAGAGCAUCCCUCUGACUUCUGCCUGUCAGAGGCAAUUUUCUGAUCUUCAAACCUGUCCUUUCUGGCAUGGCUCAUUGCCUGCAGCACUGAUAGGAUCCCAGGGUACUCAGCCAAUAGCAGUACUUGCUGGAGUUGGACCGGGCUUCCCCUUUUUCUCAGAGAAAGGCUGCAGGCGCCUUGGCUACUAUAUUUCCCAGCUGGGCACAAAAGGAAAAAGAGAGCCAAUCCAUAGCUGCUUACACUGCCUUGCAUCUGGUGCAUUCAAGACCUUUCCAAGCUGUAACUGUGGAUGGAGCUGAGUGAGUCCCAGGCUUCCCCAGCGGCAGUCAGAACCCUCACUGCCCUCUACUAAGACAUGUCUGUUUCAGGCCAUAGUUAAACAAGAGAUCAAUGGGGCUGCGUCCCCAUAGCACAAAAAUAUGGUGUAAAUCUUUAGAAAUCUCGCCAUGUCUGGAGCUGCUCCCUAAAGCCCCUUAGCACAUUACUCCACAACUGGGACUUCACCCUCCUCCACACUGGCCAUGUGGUUCUUGUACAGAGGGUAUCUGAUGUAUUGUAUACAUCAGAUACCCUGAGCUGAGCAUAUUGUCCAUUGUAUUUAAAUGCUUUAUACUCCUAAAGGUGGAUGCUUUGUGGUGAGGCCUAGGUGCAGAUAACUUCUCUGAGGCUUCUUUCUCUCACAUGGUGGGAGACACAUGGGAGCCUUGCAUGAGGGUGGGUCUCUUUUCUGCCCGAGCGGGCUCUUUUCUAUCUCUCUUGUACAUUUUCAGCAGAGGAAAUUAAUAAAAUGUCAAUGAGU